CAGCGGAUCGCAGGUUUAAAAUGACCUGAUGCACAGCUGAGGAAUACAUGAUGCUGUCCAGAAAGACAAGGCCAAGAGCCAAAAACUCAGCAUGGUGAUCAUCUUCAUAUCCUCAAGGGUGUCAAAGUGGGAUGAGAGGCUACACCUGCUGAAGCCAGGACUGACAUCUGACAUUACAAAGUUAUAUGGAUGCCAGAGAAGUGCAGUGGCCUGUGAAAUAAAGUCUGUCCUACGUGAGAUUUCAAAACCCAGGACUGGAUGUUAAUGAAAAGACUGAAUCUGGUCCCUGGGGGUGAAAAGCCCACUUCCUAUUGAUGUUAAACCAACUGCCCGAGGAUGAUUUACUGUAGAGUGCCCUAUAUUUAACCCAUUAUAUAUUCAGAGUAUGAGCUGCCUGUGGCAUUUAGGCUGCACAACUGAACAAUUCCUAAUGCGUAACGGGCCCACUGUUGCAUUCUCUUUGAAAAAUCACAGGAAGGGGGUACCACAGAGAUGGUGGAGGGAGGGACAGCCUCUCCACCUCACCACGUCUCCAUCUCACGUUACCGAGCUAUAGUGAAGUGGCGGAGUGAGCGCGGAGCCUAUUGCGCCACUAAAGUCUGCCUUCUCCUCCAAAGGUGAUAAAACUCAGCUCAGAGAUCCAUUAUGCUCCCGCGUCAACAUUUUACAUCUCACUGACUUUCCUCUACGAGGUCGCGGCGAGUAGGCACCACGGGUCGGUGGAUUCAUUAUGGGACUGGGUGGCACAACUAUGCCCGGUCGGCCAGUGUCGUGACUGACGGCGGCAGCUGCAGAGCUGGAAGGAGAAUCUUCUCAUGGGACUUCGCGGUUGUGGAGCGCCUGAUCUGGUGGCAACGUGAGGAGACACAUACUUCCAGAAAACGGGCGACAAGAAGACUCCCCUUCCUUCGCCCUACAGCUGCCACGGAGCUGGCCGAUUGGUAAGAAACCGGGACGCACCGGGAAAGAGGACGGCACUUCGUCUUUCAGCCGGGCAGAGACGAGCCAGUACUUUCAAAGCCAAAAACGCUGUGGGCUACAUAGUAUGGGAGCGCUAUGUUGUCCAGGAAAGGACUCAUUCCUGAUGAUUACCUGCUGACACGUUUAGCUGAGGGUGUCGUGCACCCUAAAUUUAAUUCGAAACCGGGGAAAGCUCGGUUCAUCGCCAAGAACGGCACCUGCAAUGUAGCGCAUACCAACAUCCGAGAGCAGGGCCGAUUCUUGCAGGAUGUCUUCACCACUCUCGUGGAUUUAAAAUGGCUCCACACGCUCAUCAUUUUCACCAUGUCCUUCCUGUGCAGCUGGCUCCUUUUCGGGAUGAUCUGGUGGCUCAUUGCCUUUGCACACGGCGACUUGGACCAGAGAGGAGACGACUUUGUCCCGUGCGUAACGGACAUUCACUCCUUCUCCUCUGCUUUCCUCUUCUCCAUAGAGGUCCAGGUGACCAUCGGCUUCGGGGGCCGGAUGAUCACGGAGGAGUGCGUCUCCGCCAUCAUCAUCCUGAUCGUGCAGAACAUUGUCGGGCUGCUCAUCAACGCAAUCAUGCUCGGCUGCAUCUUCAUGAAAACUGCGCAGGCCAACCGACGCGCAGAGACGCUCAUUUUCAGCAAGCACGCCGUCAUCUCCAUCCGCAACAACAAGCUGUGCUUCAUGAUACGCAUCGGGGACCUGAGGAAAAGCAUGAUCAUCAGCGCCACCGUGCGAAUGCAGGUGGUCAGGAGAACUAGCACCGAGGAGGGCGAGGUGGUUCCCCUGGACCAGAUUGACAUCCACAUGGAUAACCCGGUCGGCACCAACGGCGUCUUCCUGGUGUCCCCUCUCAUCAUCUGCCACGUCAUCGACAAGGACAGCCCUCUGUAUGACCUGUCCGCCUCUGACCUGCUGCACGAGCACAUAGAGGUGAUCGUGGUGCUGGAGGGGGUGGUGGAGACCACGGGCAUCACCACGCAGGCCAGGACCUCCUACGUGUCGGAGGAGAUCCUGUGGGGGCAGCGCUUUCUGCCCACAGUCUCCGAGGAGGACGGCAUGUACGCGGUGGACUACUCCAAGUUCGGUAACUCAGUGAAGGUGCCGACACCGUGCUGCAGCGCCAAGAAACUGGAUGAAUCAGGUGGCAUCGCUCAGUUUAAACUGAACGAGGGCGUCACCUCGCGGGGGACUGUGAGAAGGCGGCGGGGCAACGCGGGGGUCCGCAGAUCCAGGGUGGAGACCUCGUAAACUAAUAGUCCAUGUAAACCAUGUCUGCCAGCAUUUUUUACGAGAAUUGUUCAAGUUUGAGGAUUGUUAAGUGACAAAAAUCACAUUUAUUUCAUAAUAAAUAUAUAUAAUGGAUUACCUGUAAUCAAUAAAUCAUGUGCAAUCCUAUGCAGUCAAAUGUAUACACACAUACGCACGCUGUUAACUCAGGGUCAGCGUGGAAAAGCACAAAGACCGAAUGCACUGAGAAAUAUGAGAUGUGGGUUUUAUAAAACCUGAGGAGUCCUGUUUGAUCUUUUUUUUUUUUUUUAUUAAGGGUGACUGUAUGUAUCUAAAAGCAAUAAAGGUGACUGCUUCAUG